UCUUCCAUUUGAUCGCGCGCCUGACAGGCGAUGCGCGUAGCUUGUGAUGGCUCUAUUUCACACUUUUGUAAAUUCAACAUUUUUAUGAUAUUUAUAUCUUCUUAGUUUUCUUCGUAGUGUAAUUUUAGUUUAAAUUGUAUUUAUGCGUUUCUCCAAAAUGGCGAAUCAGUCCCAGAAAAUGGUUUACAAGAUUGUUCUCACAGGAGGACCUUGUGGUGGAAAAACUACGGGACAAUCGCGUCUAAGCACAUUCUUCGAGAAUUUGGGAUGGAAGGUGUUCCGGGUGCCGGAAACGGCUACCGUCCUGUUAAGUGGUGGUGUGAAGUUUGCAGAUCUCAGCCCGGAUGAAGCCACGAAGUUCCAGGAGAACCUUCUGAAGACGAUGAUACAGAUUGAGAACACGUUCUUCGAGUUGGGCCGGACCUGCCAGAGGAACUGUUUGAUCAUCUGCGACCGUGGCGCCAUGGACGCUAGUGCAUUUAUAUCGAAGGAGAAGUGGGAGGCCAUGUUGACUGCCAAUAACUGGAACAGUGUAGAGCUGCGGGACAACCGGUAUAACCACAUCGUGCACAUGGUGUCGGCUGCCAAUGGAGCCGAAGACUUCUACUCGACUGAGGACCACGCCUGCCGGUCGGAGGGCGUCGAAUUGGCUCGGGAGCUGGACUACAACGCGGCCGCCGCGUGGAUCGGGCACCCUUACUUCGACGUGAUCGACAACUCCACCGACUUCGACAAGAAGAUGAACCGGCUCAUCGCGUGCGUGUGCCAGAAGAUCGGCAUCGACACCGGCGACCGGCUCAACGUCAACUCGAAGAAGCGCAAGUUCCUCGUCAAGUCGCCGCUCGUCGCCGACACGGAGUUCCCACCUUUCCAGGACUUCGAUGUCGUUCAUAAUUACUUGCAGAGCGACGUACGCAAGGCUCAAGUUCGCUUGCGCAAGCGCGGCCAAAAGGGCCACUGGUCGUAUAUUCACACCAUUCGCAAGUUCCAUCCUACAAAUGGUCAAUCCGUAGAGGUGCGCACGCAACUCACGCACCGCGACUAUCUCAACAUGCUCCCGCAGAGAGACGACGCCCACUUCACGAUAUUCAAAAAACGCCGCUGCUUCAUCUACAACAAUCAGUACUACCAGUUGGACAUUUAUAGACAGCCCACGCAUCCCAGGUGCCGCGGCUUGGUGUUGCUCGAGACAUACAGUGCCGCGUACGACCAAGAUUCGCUACUGGCUUCGCUUCCUAAAUUUCUAGCCAUAGAGAAGGAGGUGACUGGUGACCCAGCCUACUCAAUGUAUAACUUGUCUCUGAAAGAAGACUGGAAGACAUCCAAAAGGUAUUACAGAGGCAAUGACUGCAAUGGAGUUGCUAAAUGGUCGAUGAAUGGCAGUGAUGAGAAACUGAAUGGCCAUGGCGAUAAGAUUAACGGCCACGGGGACAAAAUUAACGGCCACGUGCACGAGAAGAUCAACGGAUGCGGCGUCAAAGAGAAUGGGGUCAAAAUGAACGGGCACCACGACUCCGGGCCGAAAGCCAAAACCAAUGGGGUCGUCCCGAACGGCAACGCUCGCGACAUUGAGGUGGAAAACUUAAAGAAUUCCCACAGAAUCGAUCUCGGAUCACCAAAGAUACCCAAGGUUGCGCUUAAGAUAUAAACAAGAUAUUCAACUAUACCUACCUACCUAUAGAUGUAAUUUUUUUAAUUCCACUUUGUAAUGUUUCAAUAUACACCAAAUUGUUUGUAAAUUACUAUUAAGAAUGAUUUAGGGAUUACUACUAUACUAUAAAAUCAUACUUAAACUUUUAUAUCUACCGCCAAUAAACCUGAAAAGUACGCAUAUGGCUAUAUCAUAUAUUGUAUUUAUUCAUAUUAAUGUACAAAUGCCAAAUGAAAUCUAUUUUUGUAGUAUUCCUUGAGCGUAACAUAUAUGAAAUAUCGAUGCACUCUAUGAAAUAAAAUAUUGUAAAAACGAAAUGUAUUGAAAAUAAUACUUUAUAUGGUUUGUGCCUUUACAUAAAUAUUAUAUAUUUGAAUACUUGAACAUAUUUAUUACAUGUAUUACAUCUAUUUUGUCGCAAGUACUUAAUGCGUCGCAAUAAAGUAAAUUUAAGUAUUGUUGCAGUAUGAUUAGAUUAUCUUAGUAAGUACUAUCUACUUUUACCUAAUGAAUAGCAUUUCAUUUUAUGUUUGUAUUUGUAAUGGUGCGUCCACACUGGGCGAACGGGCUCGCGCGGCAAACUCGACAUCCUGCUCACUCAAGAGCAAGGUGAGCAGGAUGACAAGCUUGCCGCGCGAGCCUGUUCGCCUAGUGUGGACGCACCAUAAAUCGAAUUCUUUGGUUAUUGCCUACUUUUAAUCUGCCAACGUUUACUGUAACUGCAAGAAUUUUAAAAUGUAAUAAUACAAUUUAUUUAAUUUUGUAGUUUUAAGAUCAAUUUUAAAAAUCUUGAUGUCGUGGCGUUAUAGUAGAUUUAAUUUAGGGGUCCAAAUGUUAGAUUCCCUUCGAUUAAUGAAAUUAGUGGUCCCCUCUAAAGUAUUGUGCUGGCCUGCUACGGUCGAAUAUGCUGAAAUAUAUUUUUGUGGUAGAUUGAAGCAACGUCAGUUUUGCCCUAAUAUUUACUUUAUUGCAAAAUGAUAAAAUGUUGAUUACAGAAGUGUAAAUGUAAGCGUCUUCAGUGUAUGUAUGUCUACACUUGAGAGUAUGUUAGUGAUGAGGCUAUUCAUGCGUUUGGCGAAUAGCCAUCAUAGCAUCGUUAAUGGCUGUGCUAUUAUAAUUGAGAAAUGCAGAGCUCAAUCUUAGCUAACAAGUGUCGGCAAUAAACAUGUGACAACUAUUAUGUAUAGGCUCAUUUCAGAUGGAUUUUUAAUACGACCAGCUACCGACAGUAUCAGAAAUAAACUUGUUAUGAAAAUUUGACACGGUACGUGUGGUACUUAAUUAGUACAAAUAUGGCUUUGUGAUACUAUUUCUAUUGUUUACUGUGUAGCAAAUUUUUCCGUGUAUGCUGUCGCUGAUAUAGCUAUUGGAUGUAAAAAUCUAAAAUUUGCAUGUCUAUACAUUCUGCAUCAUUUCUGAAUAAAGAAGAAAUGCAAAUUU